CGUCAUUUUUGAUGUAUGGAUUUUUACAAAAUUGACUUUCUGUAAUCUUUUCAGUAAAAGUGUUAAAAUUUAUAAAGUUUAUCAUAUUUAUUCAUUAAAAGUUUAUCGGUAUUGUAAAUAUUCGCAAUGUCUGGAGAUCCCGAGGUUGCUCAUACUCCCGAGGAAGAGACUGAGGAGGAAGAAAUCAAAUCCCUGUACAAACCUCCCCCGGAGAAGACGAUUGAGGAGAUUCUAGCGGCCGACCAGGAGGACGAGUCACUGAGGAAGUACAAGGAGACGUUGCUGGGCCAGGCCCAAGCUGGAACUAUUAUUGUUGAUGCCAACGACCCCAGGAAAGUGAUAGUGAAGAAGUUGGCGCUGUGCGUCACGGACAGGGACGAUGUCGAGCUCGACCUCUCCGGAGACCUCACAAACCUUAAGAAGCAGGUGUUCACGAUCAAGGAGGGUGUGCAGUACAGGAUAAGGAUCGACUUCAUCGUGCAGCGUGAGAUCGUCCACGGCCUCAAGUAUGUGCAGAAGACAUAUCGGUUGGGCGUGCCAGUGCCCGUCGACAAGAUGACCCACAUGGUCGGUUCUUACCCUCCGAAGACGGAGAUCCAAUCCUACACCACGCCGCCCGAAGACGCGCCGGCGGGGAUCAUGGCUCGAGGCGCAUACACCGUCAACAGCCUAUUCACUGACGACGACAAGAACAUACACCUGCAGUGGGAGUGGAGCUUCGAGAUCAAGAAGGAUUGGAAGGAUUAAGCCGCUAAUCUGGUACCUACGUUAAGUACAUAUUGUAUAGAGUUUAAAGGUCUAAGUAAUCCACGUUAUCCUAAAUGCGACUUCAUCAGAUUUUUCACAAAUCAAGACGUGAAUGGAAGAACAAGUAAAAAAAAAAUGCAGUUUUUUUGCUUACUUUUGGGCCGGAGAAAUG